AUGAAAACUGGCGCAACCGAGCUGGAAGCAAGAUUGCCAACUCAGCUUUCGACCAUGCUACAGUGUUUCCCGAAUCGAAUGGUGUUCUCCGAUCACGCAGAAGUAUAUCAGGGGCAUACGAUCGUCGAUGCCUUGGAGUCUGUCAGUCCUGCGUUGAAGGACAAUAAUGCCGACUUCGAGUUGUAUCGUAGACUGCGCGAUAACGGACGAGGGUCGUUGGCUUCAGAUGAGCUUCACGGUAUGCCGAACGAGAUCACAAACGAGGCAUGGUCUGGUAACGCAGAGAAUCCUGGCUGGAAAUUAGACAAGUGGAAAAACCUGCCUAUGGCCAACCGAACGUUCCACGAGUAUCCUGAGAUGAAGUGGUACGCAUUCAUCGAUGCUGAUACCUAUAUCAUACGGUCCUCUCUUCUGGAUCACCUGGCCACGCUGGAUCACACCAAGCCUUUUUAUUCAGGUUCUCAUAUUUACAUCGGCCCAGUGGGCUUCGCCCAUGGCGGAUCCGGCUACAUUGUUUCUCAACCAGCGAUGCGCAUGGUAGUUGAGCACUUCAACACGCAUAAAGAAGAGAUCGAGGCUUUUACGGAUGGACACUGGGCUGGCGACUGCGUUCUCGGAAAGGCGUUCACCGAUGCAGGCGUCGAAUUGACGGGCGCGUGGCCCAUCAUCCAAGGUGACUAUCCGGGUAUCGUCCCGUACAUUUCUCCCGAUGGUCGCCCGGUGCCUCCUUAUGAUACAAGAAUAUGGUGUAGCCCGACUAUCUCAUAUCAUCAUAUGCAGUCAGACAUGAUUGAGGAUUUGUGGCAAUUUGAGCAACAGUGGCUGUCGAACUUGAAAGAGGGCCAGUCAAGGACUAUUCGACAUAGCGAUGUUUUCAAUCAGUAUAUCAUGCCACGUCUAGAGAAACCGCGAGACGACUGGGACAAUGGUAGUGGGCAUGACGUCGGACUUGCCCACACUCUCGAUUACGCACUUGACGGCGAUGGUAAUUGUCGGCACUUCAACCUACCACGAUUGGGUAAAGCUGUGCCUGGUGUAAAAUCCGGAUGGCUUACGGGUCGAAUUGAGCAGCUUGUUGCUGCUAUCCCACUGUGUUGA